CGUUUACACUAAGGCUCAACGCCAGUCUCGAUAGACGAGCUUUAUUUUACAUGCCGUAAUCUCAAUACUCACUCACCUCGCACAAGUCCAAAGCUUCUCUCUCGGAGACACUUGCAGGUUGAUCGGCGGGAGAAGCAAAGGCACAAGAUCUCAUUACUUUCUGAUUCAAGAUAACAUGGCAUCGAAAUUGAAGCAAUUGCAAUCUAAGGCAGGUCAAGCAUCGGAAUUUUUGUCGAAACAUGGAAGUGCUUACUACAAGCAGCUAAUGGAGCAAAACAAGCAGUAUGUUCAAGAGCCAGCGACUGUUGAGAAAUGCAAUGAGUUGUCCAAACAGUUGUUCUACACUCGUCUUGCCAGCCUUCCUAGUCGUAACGAAUCAUUCUGGAAAGAACUAGAUUACGUGAAGAAUCUAUGGAAAAACAGGAAAGAAGUACACGUUGAACAAGCCGGAAUUGCUGCUUUGUUCGGCAUCGAAUGCUUCGCAUGGUUUUGUGCUGGUGAGAUUGUUGGAAGGGGUUUCACGUUCACUGGCUACGAUGUUUGACUUUUCAACCUUUGCCAGACAUAAAAGAAAACCCUGUUGCGGCUUUUCUGUUUCGUGAUCAAACAUGAUUUAACUUGUGCAAUGUAAUGUUACUACUACUACUACAUUCUUUCUUGGAAAUUAUGAAGCUCAUUGUAAUUUGGUUGCAUUAAUAAUCAUCUGCUACUGCAUCGUUUAAGGGUACCGUGUUUGUUAGUUUGAUCAAAGUAUUUGCAGAAUGACAGACAAGAGUUAUUAAUUG